AUGUCGGCCGUUUCGACUGCUCUGAGCAAUGGCAGCGGCGAUCUGCGCCGGCGCACCAAUGCGCUCGGCGUAGAUGUCACUGACGAGGGCCGCGAAAAGGACAAGUUGCUUGACCAGCACCAGAGCUAUGAGUUUGGAGGACCUGCUGGCGUCGUAUUCAUCAUGACAUUCUUCCCGACUUUAAUGUACUACCUCUGGAUUUGCCUCUGGUUCUACGACGGCCAACUUGUAUACCCCACAUCUGUCGACAAUAUCAAACCUUUCCUGUCCGACAUGUGGCAGCACGUCGCAGUGGACGCAAGCCCGAACUUGUACGCAUGGAAAGUGUACACCGGCCUCAUCAUCUUCCAGCUGGCCCUCGCGUUGGUUCUCCCUGGAUACAAGCAAGAAGGUCUCCCGGUCCCCUCGCUCGGGUACAAGACCCUCAUGUACAACUGCAACGCUCUUCAGUCCAUCUACGUGACCAUGAUCACCUCCGCUGUGCUGCACUACACCGGUAUCUUCCGCCUUACCGAAAUCAUCGACAACUACGGCCACCUCAUGACCGUCGCCAUCAUCUACGGCUUCGGCAUCUCGUUCGGCAUGUACUUCAUCACCGUUGCUCAGGGCAAGCAAAUGCGCAUGUCUGGCAACUUCAUCUACGAUGUCUUCAUGGGCGCCUCGCUGAACCCGCGUAUCGGGUCAGUUGACCUCAAGAUGUUCGCGGAGGUCCGCAUUCCUUGGGUCAUUGUCUUCUUCCUCGCGGUGUCGGGCGCAUGCAAGCAGUACGAGCAGUACGGCUACGUGACGCCAAACAUGCUGUUCAUGUGCCUCGCAACUUGGCUCUACCUGAACGCUUGCGGCAAGGGUGAGGAGUGCAUCCCUCAAACCUGGGAUAUGUUCCAUGAGAAGUGGGGCUUCAUGGUCAUCUUCUGGAAUUUCGCCGGUGUUCCCUUCACCUACGUCUACUCAGUCGUCUACAUGGCCUCGCACGACCCCGAGACCUACCGCUUCUCGACGCCAACCUACGUCCUGCUCUACACGACGCUACUCACCGCCUACUACAUCUGGGACACUGCCAUGUCGCAGAAGAGCCGUUUCAAGAUGCAGACCCAGGGCGUCUUCGAGUACCGCUGGACAUUCCCGCAGCUUCCGGGCGGCACGAUCAAGAACCCGACGUACAUCCAGACCGCACACGGCAACCGCCUGCUCACGAGCGGCUGGUGGGCGUGGUCGCGCAAGCCCAACUACGUCGCCGACUGGACCAUGAGCUUCACGUGGGGCGUCUGCGUUGGUGCCGUGUCGCCCAUUCCUUACUUCUACUCGAUCUUCUUCAUCGUCGUCCUCAUCCACCGUUGUGGUCGUGACUUCGAGAGGUGUGCGGUCAAGUACGGCAAGGACUGGGAGCGCUACUGCGAGAUUGUCAAGUACAAGUUCAUCCCCGGGAUCUACUAA